AUGGGCGCGGCGACAGCUAACAGCAUGCUCAGGUAUGGAUUAACCGUAGAGACACCGAGGUCACCGUCCUACGACACGACAUUGCUAUGGCGAAGGGAUUUAGCCAAGCGGUUACGGCGUCGUUCCAGACCCACGCCGAUCCCAGCUAGACAUCCCAAGGCUGCCGUCAUAGACAGAACUACCGAGAAACGAAAGUCGCUGCAGGAAACUACCAAGGAGGUAAAUAAACCAAUUAUUAAAGCUCAGUCCGUCAGAUCACAUGCGAGCAGUCGCACUGUGAUAGAAGCGCAGCUGUCUCAGGCGGAGCUCGAGGCCAGCGAACGGCUAGCGGAGAUAUCCCGGAGGGAGUUGCAGCUAGAAGCGGACAUGGUACGUAAACGGCUAGACGCCAGAAAACUGCAGAUCCGCGCUAAUGCGGAUAGCGCAGACGAGCACGAAUCUGCUGGUAGCGUGCGGAAUUCGAAUCAAGAUCGAUUAGACGAAUGGCUAGAGAACUCGCGAGACGCGACGUCAAAACCCAUUUGUAAGAGGUUAACCGACGAACCUCUACCCAAGUACGAGACUCCGAGACGACCUGCGCAGGCGGAGCGGCAUAUUCGAGGCCUCUCACCGGACCGCCAGCGACGCAGGCGAUCGACGACGCCGCCGGCGCGUCGCGAGCGAUCGACGUCGCCACAGCUGGACGCGCGUACUCCGCACACGGCGCACACGCGCGCCACCGAAGGUACUGUAGCAGAGUCCAUGCUGCACCUGUUCGAGAGGAUGCAGAUGGCGGCCCGUCCAGCCCCGAAAGAUAUAUUCGAGCUGCCGCAUUUCUACGGAGACGUCAGCGAGUGGAGAAGUUUCUACAAUACCUACGCAGAGACAUCGAAGCGGUAUAAGUUUACUGACUACGAGAACGUGGCGCGGCUCAGGAUGGCUUUACGCGGGGACGCAAAGACGUGUGUGUCUCACGUGUUAUCGACAGCCACCAGACCCGAUAUGAUCGUGAGAAUACUGAAAAAGCAGUUUGGACGCAGCGAGAAAGUGACGUACGCGACACGUCAAGCCACAACAUCCCGUUCGACGACGUGCCUGUUCUGCGGUGGCGGUCACCUGACGCCGGACUGCCGCAAGUUAGCCGCCCAAUCCGUGGGCGCUAGAUGGGAGUGGGCGAAAUUAAAUCGUAUAUGCUAUCGCUGUAUCGACGCGAAGCAUAUGAAAACACAAUGCAAGGCCAAAGCGUGCGGCGUUGCAGGCUGUCCUCACGUACACCAUCGACUGCUUCAUGCGGACUCGCCGCAGGAAGUGCGUGAGGAUACGGCUAUGGUGCUAACACAAGAAAUCAGGUCAGUACCUACAUCGUCAGCAGUGACGUCAUCGGCCGAGCCAGCGGACACGACGGAGCCGCGAGCUGCGGACGACGAGAACGACGCCCGCGUGUACGUGUCGUCAACACCGGACUACAGCGUGCUGCUAAAGGUACUACCCGUAACCGUAUCAGGUCCAAAGGGAACGGCGCAUAUCUUCGCUUUCCUUGACGAUGGAUCCACCUUGUCAAUGAUCGACCAGGACGUCGCGGACGAGAUCGGCGCGGUCGGUCAAGACGAGCCGCUAUGCAUAAGAGGUAUUCAGCGGUUGAAACUUAGCUCAGUGACACAGACGGUCAAGGCUAAAGUAAGCCCCGCUCGUGGCGGCUUGACAUACGAUAUAUCCCUAAAAACGGUAGACGGACUAGGGAUACGCUCGCAGUCAUUAAAUAAGAAGCGUCUAUUGGAAUACGAACAUCUGGCGGACUUGGGCGACGAGUGCUACACGGGCAUGGGCGUGCCGCAGAUGUUAAUAGGCGGAGACUUCAGUCAUCUUAUAAACCCAACGGAGGUGAGGCAGGGCGGCGAGGACGAGCCGUGCGCAGUUAAAACCUCGUUAGGAUGGGUUUUCUUCGGGCGAAUGCCGAGGUAUGUACCAAAUAACGAGCAGGUCGUGAUGCACUGCCACAGUGACGACAGUGAUCUCGUGGAGCAGGUCAAGAAACACUGGGCAGUCGAGGCGCUUGGCAUAACGGCAAAGGACAACAUUCGACCCGACGACCAGCGAGCGAUCGAUACAUUCGAACGAACAGUAAAAAAGGUAGGACAGAGAUACGAAGUCGGCCAACUAUGGGCUGCCGACGACAUAAAGCUGCCACCGAGUUUCAACAUGGCGAAGGCGAGAUUACGCAAUCUAGAAGCCCGCAUGUCGAGAGAUCCUGACUUCGCCAACGAGUAUCAAGCACAGAUACACAAGCUUCUGGAAAAGGGGUACGCAGAGCGCAUCAUGGAACCACCGCAGUCAGAUCGGAUGUGGUUUCUGCCCCAUUUCAGCAACCCCGCAGAUCGAGCGACGAGAUGUCAACCAGCGCAGAGCGUGCGCAUCGAGGACGAGUGGUACGAAGGACCGCGCUUUCUCUAUGGACCCGAGACAUCAUGGCCUAGUCACACAUCGAAUCGAACAGACGACCUGCCUGAGAGGAAGGCGAGGCCGUCAACCGAGACAUCACUGGCGAUCAUCUCAGCGAAGCCAGACCCUUCGAGCGUACUGCCAGACGUGAGACGAUUUAGCAGUUACGACAGACUGUUGAACGCGACAGCGAACGUCUUGCUAUUCAUCGAGAAAAUGAGAACGAAGAAUAAGGCCUUGCAGCUACAAGUCAGACAUUUGAGAAAGGCAGAACACAUGUGGUUGCAAUACAGUCAACGACGAAGCUUUCCCGAAGAGCUUCGAGCCUUAAGCCAGAAUAGGCUCAUCGAUCGCAAAUCGCGAUUAUACGACCUGGCACCCGAGCUAGGCGAUGACGGCGUGUUACGCAUGAAGACGAGGCUGGGCAGCGCUCCAGUAUUGUACACCGCGCUACAACCGAUAAUACUGGAUGGCCGCGAGCCGUUCACCCGUCUACUCAUCCUGCGAGCUCACCGACGAUCAGCGCACAUUCACAACGAAGCAGUAAUCAACGAACUGCGACAAGAAUAUUGGAUACUACAUCUGCGGCCGACCGUGAAGUCUGUAGCUCGAAACUGCGCGCUAUGCACACUACGACGAGCAACACCGAGAGCGCAGCCCUUAGGCGAUCUCCCGCCCGAGCGACUACAGGCGUAUCAACGUCCCUUCACUCACACCGCACAAGACUACAUGGGACCGAUGUUCGUCACGAUCGGACGGCGCAGAGAAAAACGCUGGGUGUGUCUAUACACGUGCCUAGUGACGCGCGCUAUUCACCUUGAAAGCGUGCACAGUCUUUCAACCGACAGCGCGCUACUAUCGCUACGAAGAUUCGCCGCGAGAAGAGGAUGGCCCAGGACGAUGUACAGCGAUAACGCGACGUGCUUCAGGGCGGCGGCGACGGAACUACGUGAGGCGUACCGGCAAUGGCUGCCUGUACUGCAAACUUACGCCACUCAGAACCGAAUGGAGUGGAAAUUCAUCCCACCUGGCAAUCCUUCGGCCGGGGGCGCGUGGGAGCGAAUGAUAAGGACAGUUAAGAUAGCGAUGUCCUACACUUUCAACGAACGAGCACCGAAACCCGAAGUUUUCGAAACUCUACUCGCCGAGAUAGAGAAUAUCGUCAACCGACGACCACUUACACAUGUCAACGUCGAUCCAGACUCCGAAGAAAGUUUGACUCCAGCACACUUUCUACUUCUUCAUAACGCUAACCUACCGAUGAUUGGCGUUUACGACGAGAACGAAAAGAAGCAAUGGAAGAUGGCCCAAGCGCUUGCCGACCACUUUUGGCGGCGCUGGACCAAAGAGUACUUUCCUCUACUGGCACCGAGGAAGUCGUCCCACGACGGAGGGCGGCAACUUCAACCAGGCGAUGUGGUCAUCGUCGCUGAACCCAAUGGUCCACGCAGCGUGUGGCCCCGAGGCGUCGUCGAGACUACCUACCCGGGACCCGAUGGACGGGUCCGCUCCGCUGACAUCAGAACGAGACACGGGACGCUACGCAGGCCCAGCUGCAGGCUGGCGGUCAUCGCGUCGCAACCCAUGCACCAGGAGUCUUCGACUGCGGGGACAAAAUGUUAG